CGUAUAGCCACAAAGAACAAGAUGUAAGGACCUCUCUUGUGGGUUUGUGCGUCGAGAUAUCAGUGGCUGACCUUGGAGCAGAUGGCCUUCACACCACUAGUGUCUCCUGCCGUGACACCCCUUGAUGCGCAUUUCGCCGUGGACACGGGCUUCACUGUGCCUGGCGCAUACUUCAGUCCGCUGACAUCGCCCGCGCUUCACGCCCAAAGCGAUCCAAUGGCCGGCUAUGAUGUCAGACAUGCUAGCAGAUCGACGGCAUCACCGGUUGACUUGGACAAAGAUUCACCGGCCGCACCGGUGUCUUCCGUGGAUUUGUCCAAGAAGGUUCGCAAGAAUAACGUUUCAAAGGCACGAAAAUCGAACGUGCGGCAAUCUCCUUUGGUCAAACCACAGCGUAGGAAGACGCUGUCGACGCCAAAUAUGAAGGCGCAAAUAUUGUCGGAGCUUGCAGAGUCGACCGCAGAGCGCGCCGCCCAAGAGAAGCAGCCGCAGCAACAAAUCCUGGCUCCACCAUCGUCAGUCUCGACUGAGGGCUCAGAGAAUGCCUCGAUCUCGCCGGAGGCCCUAUCUGAGAUGCCACCUCCGCCAAUACCACAGCCUCGAUCGGCACGGCAGUCUCCUUACAUGCAAGCGCAGAGCAAUUCACAGGUUGGAGCAUUGCCCCAAGGUGCUGCCAGUCUCCGUGGAAAACCUUCACCUGCCACACCCGCCUCGCUCUUCCGAAUAUCGCCUGGAAGCAAGCCCUCGGAUGCGACUGCCCCAGAUCAAGUCGCUUCGGAUCAUAUUGAAAGCUUCGCACUACCCGAACCCAUAUCGAUGGCCCGGCCGGAUCUCACGCCCAUCAUGACACAGCAAUCGAGUGUAGUCAACAACAACAACAUGGAGGGACCAAAGGCGUCGUUUCAGGCACUGCCCUCACCAGUCAUCUUGAAACAGCAGCCACGGUCUGCUACUUCGAAUGAAAGUCCCAUGCUUACUCCCAAGGCGCCCACACCAAACCUGCGCAAAACACCUCUCAUGGCGGCGCGCGGAAGCAAGAAGGGUCGUUCGGGUUCGGUCCAAGUCUCACCAGCUCUAUUGCCAAGGAUAUCCCCCAACAUCAAACCACUACUUCCGGGAACUCCAGGCAUGUCCGCAGAGGACACUGCCUCUUUGCUGCUGGCGUCCAAAUCCAAUUAUCAGAAUAUUCUUGAGGGCAACAAGGUGCCGGGCAUCACGUAUCCAAGCGAGCUUUCAACGAAUCUCACGUCGAAACGGACGUCUCACAAGAUCGCGGAGCAAGGCCGACGAAACCGAAUCAACUCUGCCCUCCAGGAAAUCGCCGCGCUCCUACCGAACUCUGUCAAAGAAGGCAUCGAAGCCGACGAGAACAGUAGUGGCGCGGACAAGAAGGAGGGGAAAGCGACGAAUUCCAAUGCAAAUGCAAACGCAAACGCACCAAAUAGCAAGGCGAGCACGGUCGAGCUAGCGAUAAUAUAUAUCAAACAACUCCAGAAGGAAGUUGCCGAGGCCAACCAGCGCGCUGAAGAAGCGGAAAAGAAGCUCAGCGAGAUGAUGGCCGCCUAGGAGAUUUCGAUUUUCAACACAACAAGCAAACAUUAAUAAUUCGUUGCAUACACAGCUCAACACGUGGACCAAAUAUUGCCGUGAUCCAGAGUCUGGAAGGUUAUCAUUACUUGGACAAAUAAUCAAUAUUUAUGGGGGAUUUGUAGGAAGGGAUGGGCUACUAUAUAUGGCGUGGCGUGCAGGGAUUUUUGGGCAUUUACAUACUUGAGUUAUCGGCGACGAAGCCCGUUGUCACAAUAAUGCGGAGGGGGAAAAAAAAGCAUCCAGUAAACUCUCGAGUCUCGGAAACAUCAGAGAUCUGCUGAAACUUCACACCAGCAAAGCCCAGAGCUGCCUUUGGAUGAAGCAUGUCAGCAUAAACCGCCUGGGUCGCGUAGGUCGCCUAAUUGCGCUCCAAUCAAACAACAUCUUGAAAGCG